AUGAACCUUGUGGUCCCCUACGAGGAUGGGGGUGCGGGGGGGAGGGGAAAAAAACAGUACAAGUACCAGUCGCCGGGCAACUAUGACUGCCUCUGCCGCCAUUGGCUGGGGGCGGAGGUAUAUCUGGGAGUGGGGCUUAGAGACUGCCCCGAGCCAGAGCGCGCGCCGUUGGUUGGCUCGCAGCGACGGGUCGUGGCGCGGACGGCGCCGUUGGUUGGUGCGCAGAUGGAAGGUGUGGCGCUGGCGGCGCCGUUGGUUGGCUCGCAGCGACGGGUCGUGGCGCGGACGGCGCCGUUGGUUGGUGCGCAGAUGGAAGGUGUGGCGCUGGCGGCGCCGUUGGUUGGCUGUGGCGGCCGGAGCCGGGCCAAGACCCUGUUGCUAUGCCUGAGCCUGACAGCGGCGCUGGCCCGCGGCUGCCUCCACUGCGAAGUCAGUUUCUCGGAGAAGUUCUCCUUCUACCGCCACCACGUGAACCUCAAGUCUUGGUGGGUGGGCGAUAUCCCUGUGUCGGGGACGCUGCUGGCCGACUGGAGCCAGGACACCAUGAAGGAGCUGCACCUGGCCAUCCCCGCCGAGAUCACCCGGGAGAAGCUGUUACAAGUGGCAUCUAUCGUGUACCAGAAGCUGGACCAGCUGUACCAGGGGAAGAUGUACUACCCGGGGUAUUUCCCCAAUGAGCUACGAGCCAUCUUCCGGGAGCAGGUGCGCCUCCUCCAGAAUGCCAUCAUAGAAAGCCGCAUCAGUUGUCAGCGUCAUUGUGGCAUCUUCCGGUAUGAGACCAUCUCCUGCACCAACUGUACAGACUCACAUGUUAUCUGCUUUGGCUACAACUGCGAGUCGUCGGCACAGUGGGAAUCAGCUGUGCGAGGCCUUCUGAAUUACAUAAGUAAAUGGCACAAACAGGACGGUCAUAAGAGAACUAUGCCAGCUUUCUUGAUAUCACCAAGUCUCAAGUGUCUGGAGCCCCACGCUAACCUGACUUUGGAGUUGGCCUCCGAGUGCCUGACCCAGCACUGAUGGCUGCCAAUUGCCCGCAUGCUCUGAGGCCAGGACUCCAUGGGACUGUCCCAGCCUGUCCCUCUGGAGCAGGCUUACUGCCCCUGCCUCUGGUCAACCCCUCUAAGCCCCAAGAAGCUCAUGCUGGACUGGGUAAGGGAGGGACAUGGGUUUGUGGACAGAUGGCUGGACAAGCCUGGAGCUGUCUGGAUUAAAGUGUGCUGAUAUUCCUUA